AUGCAUUUGUAUUCUCCUUGCCUCUUUUUCAUUUUCAUUUUUCUUUUCCUUUUUCUUUCGAGUAGUCGACUAACCAUGGCAGAAGUAGCAGCAACAGCAGCAGCAAAGAAGGACAAGAAGGCCCCCCAGGAGGAGGUUGUUGUGCAGCAGACAGACCAGGCACAGGUUGGCCUGAUCAUCAAGGUUCUUGGCCGCACUGGCUCCCGCGGUAAUGUGACACAGGUCCGUGUCCGUCUGAUGGCGGAGGAGGGAUCUCCUGAUGCAAACCGAACCAUUGUGCGCAAUGUGAAGGGACCAUGCAAGGAGGGUGACAUGCUCUCGCUUAUGGAGACGGAGCGCGAGGCCCGACGUCUGCGUUGA